UCAAUGCAAAGCAAAUUGUUAAAUGGUUAAACUUAACGACAGUGGCGCUAUCUUCACUCGAACUCUCGCUCUGGCUGCAGCUGCUGCUACCACCACACCAAAAAGCAAGGAAGAGAAGAAGAAAGUUCGUUUCUUUUCUUUCCCAAUAUAGAACGAACCAAACUCCUUAGAUCCGAUUCUCACUCCCAUCUCCUCUUCUCUCUCUCUCUCUCUCUCUCUCUCUCUCGAUUCUAAAAGCUAUUCAUCUUGGAUCUGUUCGUCCCUCCAAAUCUAAGAGCUACUGUAGAAUCUCACGUUUCGGAACUUAAUACAUAAAAGAAAGAAAGGCGGAAGGCAAUGAGGGGAAGAACAGAGGGAGGGAAUAAGAAGAAGCCAGUGAUUGUUCUGCUCUGCGUUGCAGCGGUUGUACUUGUUUUUGUCUACCUCUUCUUUGGCUCCACUAGCCAUGCUAUUGAGUACGGGAGGAAACUUGGGUUGGGUGGUGAUAAUGAUGAUGCUACCAAGAAGGAAGACGCUUCUACCUCCUUUUAUGUUGACGAUGACGCCAACGGCUUCACUCCAAGAAGCUUCCCUGUGUGUGAUGAUCGACACUCGGAGCUUAUCCCUUGCUUAGACAGGAACCUCAUUUACCAAAUGAGAUUGAAGCUGGACUUGUCUUUGAUGGAGCAUUAUGAACGCCACUGUCCUCCUCCUGAGAGGCGCUUCAACUGCUUGAUUCCUCCUCCUCCUGGUUAUAAGGUUCCGAUCAAGUGGCCGAAAAGCAGAGACGAAGUUUGGAAAGUGAACAUUCCUCAUACUCACCUUGCCCAUGAGAAGUCUGACCAGAACUGGAUGGUUGUCAAAGGAGACAAAAUCAAUUUCCCUGGUGGUGGCACUCAUUUUCACUAUGGUGCUGAUAAGUAUAUUGCAUCCAUGGCCAAUAUGCUUAACUUUCCCAAAAACAUUUUGAACAACGGAGGAAGACUUAGGACGUUUCUAGAUGUUGGCUGUGGUGUUGCAAGUUUCGGUGGGUAUCUUCUUGCAUCAGAUAUUAUGACCAUGUCCUUGGCACCAAACGAUGUGCAUCAGAACCAAAUCCAGUUUGCUCUUGAGAGAGGGAUUCCUGCUUACCUCGGCGUUCUAGGGACAAAGAGGCUCCCAUACCCGAGCAGAUCCUUUGAGCUUGCACAUUGUUCACGUUGCCGUAUUGAUUGGCUUCAGAGAGACGGUAUCCUUCUUCUCGAGCUAGACAGGGUGCUGAGACCUGGUGGCUAUUUUGCGUAUUCAUCUCCGGAAGCAUACGCACAAGACGAGGAGGAUCUCAGGAUAUGGAGAGAGAUGAGUGCUCUUGUGGAGCGUAUGUGCUGGACCAUUGCUGCUAAAAGGAACCAAACUGUGAUUUGGCAGAAACCAAUGACAAACGACUGUUAUCAAGAAAGAGAACCUGGAACUCAGCCUCCUCUAUGCAACUCUGACAGUGAUCCUGAUGCUGUGUAUGGUGUCAACAUGGAAGCUUGCAUUACUCAAUACAGUGACCAUGACCACAAAACCAAGGGAAGUGGAUUGUCUCCAUGGCCAGCUAGAUUAACCUCUCCUCCACCUCGGCUAGCUGAUUUUGGAUACUCCACUGACAUGUUUGAGAAGGAUAUGGAAACUUGGAAGCAAAGGGUAGAUGCUUACUGGGAUCUCUUGAGUCCUGCAAUUCAAUCAGACACUGUGAGGAACAUAAUGGACAUGAAAGCAAACAUGGGUUCUUUUGCUGCUGCUCUGAAUGACAAAGAUGUUUGGGUUAUGAAUGUUGUUCCUGAAGACGGGCCCAACACGCUUAAACUUAUAUACGACAGAGGCCUGAUGGGUGCUGUUCAUAGCUGGUGUGAAGCAUUCUCAACUUACCCUAGGACUUAUGAUUUACUCCAUGCUUGGGACAUCAUUUCUGAUAUCAAGAAGAGAGGUUGCAGCGCAGAGGAUUUGCUGUUGGAGAUGGAUCGUAUACUUCGUCCAAGUGGGUUCAUACUCAUAAGGGACACACAAUCCGUAGUUGAUCUGGUGAAGAAGUAUCUCAAGGCUUUGCAUUGGGAAGCAGUUGAUACAAAGGCAACCUCAGAUUCGGACAAUGUUAUACUCAUUGUCCAGAAGAAGCUCUGGUUGACAAGUGAGAGCCUCAGAGACCUGGAGUGAUGAUCAUUGAUUAUAAUGAGGACAAAAAACAAGAUUCACCGAAGAUUUCUUUACUGAGAUCAUCUAAUCAAAGCAUACAACGAAGAAAAAUUCGUUUUAUAGCGGCAUUUAAACAUAUUUCUUUCUGUUUAAUGUUUUCUUUAUUUUACGUAUUCAUAUAUGUUCUUUGUAUGGUUCAGUAGAGAUGACUCAGUUUCCUAUAAACUAUAACUUUUUGGAUGCAAUUAGAUGUAUGCGUUCAAUCAUUGAAUAAUAGCUUAUAUAGACCCA